AAUCAAACUGGAAGUGUGAUGCCGCCGAAAGCCCCCUCCUUCCUGCUACUAAAUCUGCCCGGGCCCAUCCUUCUCAGAGGAAAGUUCCUUAUUCGUAAAAGAAAGCGGUCUGUUUACAAUCAAACUCGUUAGAAAUUAACCGUGAGCAGCAUAGCGGCUCGUAGCUUUGUGUGAAAGAAACAACGAACGAAAGAAAGAAACACAAGGAAGACUGGCAAAUGAUACAGAGGCUGCUGCAUGACGAGGCUGCUGUUAGUCAGACUGACCGCCUGCAACUGCUUCUGAAGUGGGAGAGUCUCACGGCGGGUCUCACUGCAACUGCGUGUUUGACUUCACUGGACCUGAUCUGACUGAAGUAUUGACAUUUAAACAAAAUGCGAUCCACUGUGGACGGCCCCCCUGGAGUAAUAGUGACGACCGUCAGCAGCAGCAACAACAACAACAACAACAACAACAACAGCAACGCUAACCAGAUGAGCAACAGAGAAAGCAAUGGAAAUUCAGGCUCACAGUAUGCUCUGUGUGCUUUGGGAGUCGGCCUCAUCGCCCUCGGAGUAGUGAUGAUUGUGUGGAGCGUGGUGCCCGCAAACACAGGUUUUAAUAACAGCAGCAGCAGUUCAGGGGGGAAUGAUGGAAUCGAUGGCAAAAGAAAUAAAGCGUCCUCUGUGGCCUUCGUGCUGGCUGGCUCCGGGGUGGCUAUGCUGCUGCUGUCUCUGUGUCUGGGAAUGAGGAACAAACAGCGGGAGCAGCUGAGACGCCAGGAGCUCCAAAACCAGAGAGACGCGGCGAGGGAGCAGGAGGAGAGAGAAACGGCUGAGGAGCGGGCCCAGCGCUACGCAGUACCGAGCUACGAGGAGGCGGUAGGCAGCGGGCAGUACCCUGUCCGUCAGAGCAACCUUCGUCCAAGCAUCUCCCAGCUGCCGUCCUACGACGACCUGGUCCAGGUCGACGGCAUCCAGUAUGAAAACGAGGUUGCCGACAUCAACUCCACCAUUCCACAACCUGCCCCGGCUUGUAGCUCUCCCACCGCUACUAUUUCCACAUCAACCCAUAGACCUGGGAAAAACACCCGCAAUUUCCUUCCCAUCAAAAUCCGAAGGAUUAAGUCGGAAAAGCUUCCCAUGAAAAACACGGGAAUCUCUCAGCCGGCAGCGGGAAUCAGUAUUGAACCUCUUACCCCUCCGCCACAAUAUGAAGAUAAGGUGCCUCCACUUUAAGGUCAGCCUGCUGUUUACAGCUAUUGACUGAAGUUCCUAGUAUCUUCCAUGGCCAACCUUUGUGGAUAUGGAUAUGCAUUGUUCAGCCAAGAACUGAAGGAGGCUUCUUGCUUUGAGCUGAAGAAUGUUAUAUUUUCACAUUUGUCAUCAUGGCUCCUGACUGUAAAGUGCUGUUUUUUACGGACCUUCCUGGAUCACUCCGUUAAGUGGCAACGCUUUGUCAAACUGUGGCAUAUCAGUUUUCAGCCUUAGAAACCACCUUGACUCAUGAGAUGUUAGAGAGAGGCUGCUUUUAGAAUUUUUCUAUAUAAAAAAAAUGAAUCCAUGCACUCAUUGUGCGAGGUCCUUUAUGCCACAUUUAAGGACCCUUUUAUUGCUGUCAGUACUAAACCAAGCAUGGAUCCUAACAUUGCUAAAACCGUGCUACCAUGUUACCUGGAAGCCUUUGAAGAUCUCAACAAAAGUAGUAAGUCAGUUUUCUCUAAAAGGGGAAAAAACACAUUCUGAUGACCAGAAGCAUUUGAUUCCAGAUUUGAUUUCUCUGAAACUCUGGCUGAGAUUGUACCAGCUUAUAACUUGGUCUUUCCCUUGAUAGAAAUGAAUUUGCUCACUCUGGAACUACCACUACCACCAAGAAAAUAGAUGUUGGAUACUUUGGUGUAAUCUAAGUUUCAUUCACAAGUAAAGUGAGUCUUUUAUAAAAGCAGAAGUUGUGAGGGACCAUGGAUGUUUGAAACCUAUUCGUACUCCCUGCUUGUGUAGUAACUUUGGUCACGGUGGUAAAGUUGUGUUUGGUAACCAGUUAACAGACGUCACUUUAAAGGAGGCAAUGAGUUCUCCAGGAAACUUAGAUUUUUACAAAUAUGUUAAGAUCUGACUUUGAACGCAUCAAUGAAUACCCUCCAGCUGUACGCACCAAAAGCAUCUUUACUCCAAGAAUGAACUUUCAAGCCUUUUCUAAAGAAAUUGCGUGACUCCGUUGUUGUUUUAAAACAGUGGUGCUUCUGCUCUUGCACACAGCAUGAUACGGAGAGAUGCAUAGGAGGGAAGAUGUUUUCAGGAACUUGGUGAAUAGUUGAAAGCCUGCGCUCAGUAGCCAUGGCGAGAUGUGAAAGCAUGCAGCAUAGCCUCUCCUUCUCAGGGCUUGUUUUUUUUUUUUUCUUACUCCGACUGGCAAACAGAAAGACUCUUUGAUUGUGCUGCUGCAACACAAUAACAGCAGCUGCUCACUGGCUUGCUGCUCAUCAUUCCUUCAACCACAACUUGACCUACAGGACUGUAUGCAGAGAAAGAGAUGAAAAUAAAAAUAGAUGGCUCUAGGCUUUCUUUUUUUUUCUUUUUCAGGAAUAUAACCUGUGUUACAGCAGUAUGCUGACCUGCCAGUACGCUCUCCUUCUCCUUCUUCAUUUUUUCUUUUUAAUUUUAGAAAUAAUCAGUGGAUGCCAAAGUGACUCCUGAGUUAUUCAAGUCAAUGUUACUCAUUUUGUGAAAUUGCACACUUUUGCUUUUUCUCUUUUUGUUUUGCAGAAGAAAAAGCCCUUUACACCAGUGUUUCACAGUUGUUGUUUUUUCGAAGGCUGAAACUGUUUUCAUUAACUGGACCUCAGCAAUGUACUUUGUUUUUUUUGCAAAAAAAUCAGUUUAGCAAAAAGAUAAAUUUUAUACACAAGUUUUCAAAUUGUUUUACAUUAAUUGUAAGUAUUUGGUUGUAGGAGUCACUUUCUUUUUUGUACAAUAAUGAGUGUGUUGUCAUUGUCAUUUAAUGUUGUCUUUUUAUGACUACAGUUUAUAUAUUUUAUAUGUGCAGUGAACAAAAAAAAUCUUGUUUGUGUUUAUACAAAUAUAUUUUUCCCCAGAAGUUUGAAAAGUCAUUUAUCUCAUGAAUAUUUAUGAUAAAUAAAGAGGAAGCAUUUGUUUACUAAUAUCUAGGAUUCUCCCGGUGUAUUUUAUUAAUGUUCUUCACAAAAUUAUGCAAUAAUCUCAUUUUAUAAACUGUGGGAAAGUCAGAAUAUAGCCACGAAAGUGAUCUGGUUUGGUGGUCAAUUCUUGUACAUUUAGAAUACUACAAUGUUUUUAAUUUUACAUUUUAAGAUCCUUACAUUUCAUCAGGUGC